UUUAUGAAAGUUAAAAUAGUCAAUAUUGGCUGAGUUAUCCUUUAACCUUGCAAACAGUGAAUUCCCAAUUCGCGGAUGAGCAGGAAGAGCUAGCAGAGGGAGCAGAAAUGGCGAGCUAUCUAUGGAGAAAAUACGCGGACUAUCUAUACACCAAGUGGGAAAGAACGAUUCUUUGGGAUAUGAUAGAGCCAUACAAGAAACCCAAAUCGUUUACUCCUCUGGUCACUAUUUAUGUAGCCGCUUUCUACACCGGGGUCAUUGGCGCUGCCAUCACUGAGCAACUCUACAAGGAGAAGUACUGGGAAGAUCAUCCAGGUGAAGCAGUUCCUCUCAUGAAGCCAAAGUUCUACUCUGGUCCUUGGAAGGUGCUUAGAGGAGAGGUUCUGCCACCCAAUCAGUGAAAACCGCUGCAAUCAUUUUACUUUUUUCUGGAGUUCCUUCCAUUUUCUCCCCCUUUUUGUUCUAUCGUGCAGGUGGCACAGGUUUGAUAGAUUUUAUCAAUUAAGUAUACCAUUGCUUGAAAAAAUAAUUAGAACAACCUUGUCAUGGUGAUGGUGCUUUUGGUUGCCCAGUGCAUAAUUGAACAAGAAGCUUGUUUAGCCCCCUUUGAUAUGUUUGUAUUUGGAAAACCGUGGUGUUUUCAUUAACCAAAAAUAUAUCACUUUGCAUCACAGAUAUCAAA